AUGGGGGCUUGCAUAAGCCGACGAUUAUCGGAUUAUUUGGUAUAUGUAAGAACUGGAGAUAGGAGACAUGCUGGCACCGAUGCCAAUGUCUUGAUUAUUUUACAUGAUGAUGUUGGCAAUUCUACAGACAAAAUUCGUUUGGAUAACUUUUUGAGAAAUGAUUUUGAGAGAGGUAAAUUAGACGUUUUUCACAUUCCACGGUCCAAAUUACGGCCAUUGGGCAAGGUUGUGAAAAUUGAGUUUUGGAGAGAUGAUUGCGGAAUUGACAGUAGUUGGUAUGUUGAAAGAAUUCUGGUUGAAAACCGAAUAACAAAUGAUAUGUUUGUGUUCCCAAUAUUUCGAUGGAUUAAAUCUGGACAUCAUUAUAUGAUCAAACAUUUGGACACUUCUCUUCCCCAAGAUGACGAAUAUUCAGACCAGAGGAAGAUGGAAUUGGACGAUAAACGAAAGUUAUAUGUAUAUGCUCAAAAGGCACCAGGAAUGCCAGUUCAGAUAAGCAAGAUGCCACCAGAUGAACAAUUUUCAUUUGAAUACAAGUGGGAUAUUGUGACAACUAAAGCUCAACUAUUAGCUACCAGUAGAUUAGUUAAGUUAACGGCAGGACAGUGGGAAAGUUUGGCUCAUCUUAAAAAUAUUUAUACACAAAAUGUAUUCCAUUUGCCAAAGGGUGCCGACCGGUGGAGUAAUGAUCUUAACUUUGGUUUACAGAGAAUUGCCAGUCUUAAUCAUUCACUAAUUAAACUUUGUACAGCCAUUCCAGACAAAUUAGCAGUAACAGAAGAAAUGCUCAAACCAUUAUUAGAAGGAAAUACCAUUGCAUCUUUAAUCAAACAAAAACGUCUUUUUAUCUGUGAUUUUGAAAUUUUACACGGCAUAGCUUCUAGACCCGGUUUUACAUUAUGCAGUCCGAUUGGAUUAUUUAUGGUAAACAAUAAUAAACAAUUAUUACCAAUAGCUUUACAGUUAUACCAAGAACCUGCACCAGAUAACCCAGUAUUUUUACCCACAGACCAUCCUAAUACAUGGGUUUUAGCUAAAAUGUGGUACAACAAUGCUGAUGCUGCUUACCAUCAAUCAUUGACACAUCUCGGUUUCACACAUCUUUUAAUGGAAGGUGUUACCGUAGCAACACACAGAAAUCUCUCACAAUCACAUCCUGUUUUCAAAUUUUUAGCUCCACAUUUUCUAUAUUUAAUUGCCAUAAAUACACGUGGUUUAGAGUUGUUGGUAUCAGAAGGAGGUUGGGUAGAUAAAUCUAUGAAUAGUGGAAUCAAAGGAAUGUUCCAGUUAAUAGCUAAAGGUAUUGAUAGAUGGAGGCUAGAUAUCGAUGGUACACUUCCAGCAGAUCUCAAGAGACGAGGCCUGGAUGAUAAGACAGUGUUGCCUGGUUACCAUUUUCGAGAUGAUGCGCUCUUACUUUACAAUGCAAUUCAACAAUAUACUUCCAAAUAUGUAGAUUUAUACUAUGAUACAGAAGACAAGAUCACUGGUGAUUGGGAGUUACAGAGUUGGGUAAAAGAACUAGCAUUAGAUAGAGAAAAGGGUGGUGGUAUACCUAAUGAUGGAAGUUGUAAAACUAAAGAAGAAAUAGUGCAAGUAUUACAGUGUAUAGUCUAUACUUGUAGUGUAUCUCAUGCCUCUACCAACUUCCCUCAAUAUGAAGAAUAUGCUUUCCCACCAAACUACCCUGGUUUAAUGAGAGGUGCUCCCCCUAAAUCAAAGGAUGCAGUGGAGGAAAGAUUGAUUUUAGAAUCUUUACCUGAUAAACCAACUACUUUAGACAUCAUGGUGGUCACCAAAAUAUUGAGUGGUAAAGGAACCAAGAGUCUGGGUGAUUUUGAAGUUCAGUAUGUUUUCGAUCCCAGAGCCAGAGAUCUUGUUGAUGAAUUCCGAUUAGAUUUACGACAAAUUAGUAAAACAAUUAAAGAAAGAAAUGAAGAUAGAAACCCACCAUAUAUUUACCUGGAUCCAGAGAUAGUCCCAAACUCUAUCAGUAUCUGA